AUAAUUAUGGAGCUCCUCCUCCUCCGACCCCUCCUGCAUUCUUCCCCCCUGUCCAGACCAUCAUCCCACGUGCAGAACUGAAUGGGCUGCACUGCUCAUGAUUGAGGAGAAUUCUGGUGACACAGAGAGCUCUUCAGAGGCAGAAUCUAUUCCUAGCUGGUGUCACUGCAGUCUCUCCCAAGAUGGCUUCCUCAUCAAGUGUGAAAAAUGCAGGGGAAUUGGCAGGGGGAAAGUAAUCAGAUUUCGUCGUAGGAAGCAAGACAACGUGUCAGGUGGAGAUAGCAGUGCAACAGAGAGCUGGGGAGAGCUCUCUCCCUCCACAGUGUUGUAUACUGACCAACACACUCCUACGAGCAUCACUCUGACAGUCAAUCGAGUCUGUAGAACCAACCCUAAAAAGAGACAAAAGGAAUACAGAAGAGCUCGUACAGCACCAAAAGCUAAAAAAAUCAAGGCUUUUAGAGAAGGUUCACGGAAAUCUUUGCGGAUGAAGAAUUCUCCUUCAGAAGCCCACGCCCUGGAUGAGAAUACCACAGAGGGGUGGGAAAACCGCAUUAGACUCUGGACCGAUCAGUAUGAAGAAGCCUUCACAAACCAAUACAGCGCCGAUGUGCAAAAUCUCCUAGAGCAUCAUCUAAAUGCUAAUAAAGAAUUUGCGGGCAAGGCGGCUGUGCUGGACACAAUCAAUAAGACUGAACUUGCCUUUAACAAUACGGUUAUCGGAUCCCAAAUGCAGCUUCAGCUGGGGAGAGUCACGAGGGUUCAGAAGCACCGAAAGCUUUUGAGGGCCGCGAGAGAUUUGGCUGCUGAUACCCUUAUAAUUGAAUAUCGUGGGAAGGUGAUGCUAAGACAGCAGUUCGAGGUCAAUGGUCAUUUCUUCAAAAAGCCGUAUCCCUUUGUGCUAUUUUACUCCAAAUUUAAUAGUGUUGAGAUGUGUGUGGAUGCCCGCACUUUUGGAAAUGGCAGAUUCAUCAGGCGUUCCUGUACACCAAACGCAGAGGUUCGUCAUGUGAUUUGCAGAUGGGAUGAUUUCCACCUGUGCAUAUAUGCGGUUGCUUCCAUUGCCAAAGAUGCAGAGGUCACCAUUGCCUUUGAUUAUGAGUAUAAUAUCUGCAAUUAUAAAGUGGAUUGUGCCUGCCACAAAGGAAACCGGAAUUGUCCUGUGCAAAAGCGGAGCCUGAACCCCAUAGAACAACUACCUCCACCUGUUCUAGACACUCUGAUUGGAGCAGAAACUAGGCGCCGGAAAGCCCGGCGUAAGGAACUAGAGCAGCAGGGUGCAGCCUCAGAUGAGAACAGCAAUCCCCAAACCGAGGAAGUCUCUGAGGGUCCCGCUGCAGUGAGCGAUAAUGAGGCUGCAGAUAAGGAAGAGAAGCCAGAAGAGGAGAAGGAAACUGCUGCCGAUGAUCUGGGAGGUCAGGGCAGACGGACCCGAGAAGAUAGAAAGGUGGAAGCUAUCAUGCAUGUAUUUGAGAAUCUGGAAAAGAGAAAGAGGAGAGAUCUGCCAUCAUCAGACAGGAGCAGCACAGAUGCAGAGAUAGUGGUUACUGCAGAGACCCCAGAACCAGAAGAAGCAAAACCUGUGCCAAAUGAAAAUGAAGAGAACAGUUUGGCUUUAAAUGUACCGGUGGCAAGUGCUCCGACCUGUGUCAGCAGCGUUGGGGUGAACACCCGGAGAUCUUCACAGGCUGGGGAGACAAGUACAGAUAAACCAGUCCCUAAACCGGCACCACCAAAAACACCACGGCCCAGGCCUAAAAGCCGUUUCUCGCGUUAUCGGAGCAGCUCAGCACAGAGACUAAGGCGGCAAAAACAAGCUGCCAGUGCCCAGCAAUCUGAACUCUCUCAAACUGCCCCUGAGGAAGGAAGUGGUACCAGCACAGCAGUGGCAGCGGAAGUGAGCAGGGUAGAGGGCCCAGGAGAGGGGAGGCCACAGGUGGUGAACUCUGAUCCAGUUGUGACAGCUGCUGCAGGAUCCCAGGCCAACCGGGCAGCACCCAAAUACCCUAAAACAAAAAAGUAUCUGGUUACAGAGUGGCUGAAUGACAAAGCAGAGAAACAGGAGUGCCCCAUUGAGUGCCCUUUACGUAUCACCACUGACCCAACUGUGCUGGCUACCACCCUGAACAUGCUGCCAGGGCUUGUUCACUCCCCACUCAUUUGUACCACCCCUAAACAUUAUAUCCGUUUUGGCUCUCCCUUCAACCCAGAAAGGCGAAGGCAGCCAUUUCAACUGGACGGAAAUUACAGCUCUUGUAAAAAGCGUUGGAUGAAGCAGGCUCUAGAAGAAGGAAUGACUCAGAUCACUGCUUCCCAGGAGAACAAAACCCAGUGUCUAUACCAAAGCAACGAGAGUAGUAACGUUUCUGGCAUUUGCACAGAAAAUACAGAUGUAUUGAGCCCUCUGAAGAAGUGGAAGUCUCGCUAUCUGAUGGAGCAGAGCGUUACUAAAUUAUUGCGGCCCCUGUCUCCUGUCACCCCUCCGCUUCCUGACUCCCUGGUUCCAGAUUCGCUGAGCCCACACCUCACCACGUCCUCCUCAUCUGUGCCGGGAGAAGAGGAAAGUCGCAAUGGCUGCGGUGUGAUCUUCUCCCCGAUUCCCUCCUUGGCAGCUAGUCGCUGCAAUACUCCACUACAGUUUGAGAACGUAUCCUCCCAGAGUACCCCUGCUCAUAGGCAGUCCCUGUCGCCCGAGCUCUGCCUCAGGACAGACCUGGACACACCCAAGGCAGCAUUCCUGGACGCUGGUGCUAACAACUGCCUAGAGAGACCUUCAUUACUCACCACGGGGCAUUCUGAGCCAGCCUCCCUGCCCUCAGAAACCAGCUUCCUGGGAAAGAGCAUGGAAACCCAGACUUUGCUCAGAAACUCUGACCAAGCUUUUCGGACAGAGUUUAAUUUAAUGUAUGCCUUUUCCCCUUUGAACGCGAUGCCCCGGGCCGAUGGAUUAUUAAGAGAGUCUCCCCAGAUGGCCGAUGGGAAGCUUCUGAAUCCAGAUAUGGGCAGCUGCAGUUCUCCUGCAGAGGGAUACUUUGGCAGACACGAGCAGGUGAUGCUUAAGGAAGCCGUACAUGGCUCAGCGGCCCAUUGUGAAGGAGUCAAAUCUGCUCCCCAGAACCCUCCGCAGAGAAAAAAGGUAUCUCUGCUGGAGUACCGCAAACGAAAGCAAGAGGCCAAGGAGGGAGGGGAUCCUGCCAGAUGCACAGUGACAUCUAAUCGACUAAGUAGCAGCAGCUCUGGGCCAGAAGUGGACGUUGGUGCUGUGCCAAGCUCCGGGAGUCACACCCUAUCGUCUCCACAACAUGGCUUCUCCCCCUCACACUCCUCCCUGUCUCAUCUAGAGGAAGUGAGCCCCCCAGAGCCGAGAGCAACUAGUCACUGCAAAUCGCACGAGAGCAUCAGCAGUAGGUGGUAAGUGACUGCUUGUUAUUACCCAGUCUUUAGAAGAAAACCUAUGCAAUUCACGUCCUCCACCUAGAAAUCCCUCCGUGUAAUGCAGCAGGAUAAUCUUGCCCAUUGUAGCUGACAUUAUUGCCAAGUGAUAUCUCUAGGACGCUAAUGCUAUAUUAUUGUAGUCUGAGGAAGAAUCCCUCAAUGCUAAGCAUUUCUUAUAGGCAGCACAAGGCCAUAUUGGCUUUCCAGUAACUAAUGCGUCACUCUGUGGAAAUUCUACAGCAGGGAUGCGACUAAUGGGGUUCCUGGCAAGAACCAGCCUUCCUGCUCCUCUUCCCCUCACAAGGAGAGUUGCCCUAUAGAACCAGAGUGGCUAUUGAGCACGUGCACGUGUGUGUGUGUGGAAUUCUGUGGCUGGGAACCAGCCUUUACAACCUAUCUAAACCAGAAAACUACAAGUAGAGGUGAAAGGGCUAGGCAGAAUAUCUUCCCCCUUGUAAACUGCCUCACUGAGGGCAAACGUUGCUCAGAACUUGGCUGUGAUAAGUUUACGAGGUACCCAUAUACCCAUU